AUGAAGUUUGGCUUGCUACAGACCGACUCGAGCUCAGAAGACGACGACAACGUCCCCAAAGUCCCGCUCAAGCCGACAAACCGCGAAAUUCGACGCGCGCCUAAACGAGCAGGCUCUGCGGGACCGUCUGCCGCGUCGAGCGCACCACGAACUGCCGCUGCCGGCGAACCGUUCAACCCCACUCCAGUUCGCCUCGUCCGUCCACCGAAUCUGAAGCGCGUCGAACGGCGGGAACGAAGGCCUUUGCACUUUGUAAACGACGACAGCGAUGCGUCGGGAAGCGAGCGGGACGAGGUGGACUUGCUGAGCAGUUCGGACGAGGAGGGCGGACGGUUGCAGGAUGAGGAAGACAGCGAUGAGGACUACGACAGCGAGGAGGAAGAGUGGCCUGUUGGGCCUGUCGGGAGCAUUGGCUUGGGCGGCUGGCGGAAACCGGGAGUCAGUUCGGGAAAGGGCAAAGAACGCGCCGACGUCAUGUCGCCGACGCGAUUAUACGGCGGCCCCGACGAGCUCGAGGAAUGGGAGGACAAGUCGCGGGCUUCCACCUGGGCGGCCGCAAACCGCGCCUUCCACCUCUCCCUCGCCCGCUCGAAGUCCCUCUCACCCGGUCUCGCACGAUCAACAGCCUCAGCCGACGUCUCCUCCAUCCAGUCUAUGCUUUCCGACCUCGCGCUCCAGCAAUCGCGAGAAAAGGCUCAGCUCGUCAAGUCGUUCGAGCAGCGGAACAAGGCGUUGUGGGAAUCGAUCGAGGCAUCCAUUCGACAAGCGGAGCAGGAAGAGGGUGAGCGGCAGCGAGUUUUGGCGGAGCAGCGAAGGAAGGCGGAGGAGGCGGAGCGAAAAGCGAAGGAGAUGCGCGAGGCGGAGGCGAAGAAGGCUGAGGAGGAGCGGAAGAAGGCUGAGGAGCAGCGACAGGAGGAGGAGCGGAAGAAGGAGGAAGAGCGGAAGAAGGACGAGGAAGCGAAGGCGCAGCGGGCGAAGCAGGAGGCAGAGGCGGCGGCCAAGGCGAGUGCGGUAGGCCUGCCAGCGUCGGAUGCCGAGGGCUCGCCGAAGGCAGAGUUUGAGCGAUGGAGGGCCAAGAUGACGCACAUCAAGCAGUCCGUCCUGCCAGUCGUCUCGCAGAACCCGGCUUGGCGAAAGUCGUGUUUCCAGGCCAAGCGAGCCAUCACGCCCAAGAUCGGCCAGCUCACCUCGUCCGCCGAAGCCAUCUCCCGCAUCAUCGGCCAGCUUGACGAGCUCCUUACGUCGCUGCGGCCGCCCGCUGGACCCGCCGAACCGUACACCUGGACUCUCAACCACCUUUCGAAAGCGCUCGUCAAACAGGCGGAGACGGAGGUCACGGCAAAGCUGGGGACGGCGUACCCGCUCGGGCGAGUCGUCAUCGGCCUACUCGCUAGGGGUCACACCGAGCUCGGCGACGUCCUGAUGGCGCGACUAGUCAAGAAGUGCUUCUGGAUCACGGCUUACUGGCCGCCCAAGCAGCCGGGCCAAUCCGACGAGUCGUACCAAAAGACGCUCGGCCACGCCCCGCCGACCUCGUCCGAGACGCUCGUGCAGUAUGGCGAGCGCAUGUCCGGCCUUGUCGCCCUCUACGCCUCGAUCCUCCAAUCCUCCCCUCUCGACCCUCCCCAAGGUCCCUGUCCAUCCGACCGUCUCGCCAACAUCCCUCCACACUUCCGACCCGCAGCAGGAUGGCGCUGGCUCGUCCUCAUGCUCCGACCACCCCUUAUCGGCCUCGAACCGACUCCCUUGCUCCUCGUCACUUUCCUCGAGAUAGCCGGUGAAGGCUUGCUCGAGAUCUACGGUCGACAGCUGGCGAAGUACCUCGAGGUGCUGCUGCGGGAGGGGAUGCGGGAAGGCAAAGCGGGAUUCUCGGAGAAGGCCAAGAGCAGUACGGUCAGGCUGCUGCUCUGGCUCGAGGACUGGGAGAAGAAGGGCGUCGUCGAGAGUGCGCCAGGACGGCAGGUGGAUCCGUAG